AAACGCGCAUGCGCAGACUUUAGUCAAAAAACAUGAUUGGCAGUCUGUUAUUUUACGCGCUGUACCCGCUGUCACGGUACCUGAGCAGUCGACCCUCAGAGGCCUCAAAGAAGGAUUUCUCUCCUGCAGUGGUUAAUGGCAGGGCAGUGUGGGAUGGUGACGCUGUCACAACGAGAAGGUUCACCCAGUUUCGGAAAACCCUGCUGGACCAGUGGCUCAGCCCAAACAGUGGGACGAAGGAAAGGAUGAAAGAACCAAGACCAGAAAAGAAAGACGAUACCAGGCCUGACACAGACAAUGAACAGCUGACAGGUGUCCUGCAUGAAGAAACAAAGAAUGAUGCUGCUUCAGAGAUGAGUGAGGUGCAACCUGCAGGGAAGGAGACAAAAGCAAAGACAAGAGAUGGACAGCAACAAGACAAAGUGGACGCCCCCAAGCAAGAGGACGGGGAAAUGACAAUUCCCCACGAGGUGUUCGUUAUGAAGCAAAACAAAGAGGAUGGAAUUAUUUUUCCAACAGAGGACAUUAGUCCAGAGCAAGCACUUAGGGCACAGUUAGAGAACAUGCAAAUGGAGGACAGCACUCAAGAAACCACCUAUCCAGUGCAGGAAAAAGUAAUGAUGUCCAGCUUGGAAGAGUCACUAUCUCCAGCUGAGCCCAGCAUACAAGAAACGACCUGUCCUAUACAAGAACAAAUACCAUGCAUGGAAGAGUCAAUGGCUCCAGCUAAAACUACAGCUGAAGUAACUGAGUGCUGGGAUGAAUAUGUAGGUCCCACUGCUGGUGAAAUACAUGGCGGGGAAAGCAGUUCUGAGCUGAUAUUUGCCUCUGUUCUUUCUAACACUCAAAUCCACCUUAAACUCAGCGAACAGGAUGAUACACAAACUGGCUGGCACUUUCCUGCAGGACUUGGCCUGGCAGAAGAAGUGCAGUGCCCACUGUGGCAGUUUCCUGCAGUGAGUUAUUACCCUCCAAUAGAGCCAACAGUGCCAUUUGAAGUAAUGUGGAGAGUAUGGGAGGAGGUGCAUGAGAAUGCUACUGCAGCAGAGCCUGCCCAGAUACUCCUGCCAUUCGCAAAGGCUUCGAUGGACUUCACUGUUAUGUCCUAUAACAUCCUGGCCAUGGACCUACUAGAGGCCAACCAAGAGCUGUACACACACUGCCCCCUGGAAGUACUGGACUGGAGCUAUCGCUACAGUCUGAUCGUAGAGGAAAUACUUAAAUGGGCACCAGAUAUUCUGUGUCUCCAAGAGGUUCAGGAGAACCACUACCAUGAACAGCUGUAUCCAGUCCUGUCUCAGAUGGGCUACACCUGUGUGUACAAGCGGCGUACAGGGACCAAGACAGACGGCUGUGCUACUUGCUUUCGUAGCAGUUGCUUCUCUGUCGUAUCAGUCACCCCGCUGGAGUUCUUCAGGCCUGAGACGGAGCUGCUGGACCGGCACAAUGUGGGCAUCGUUUUGUUGCUUCGGCCAGUGGUCUCACAGGGGUCAAUGGUCAAGGCGAAGGGCCCACCCCUAUGUGUGGCCAACACCCACCUGCUCUUCAACCCCAGGAGGGGUGAUGUGAAACUGGCUCAGCUAGCCAUAAUGCUAGCAGAAAUUGACUGCGUGGUCAAGUCCUGUAAGGCCAAAGGCGAACACUGUAACCUUAUAAUGUGUGGGGACUUCAAUGCUGUCCCACACAUGCCUCUGUACCAGCUGAUCACCACCGGGGAGCUCUACUUCCAGGGUCUACCAGCCUGGAUGAUAUCAGGCCAAGAGGACCUGUCACACAAAACCCAUUGUCACAGACUGUUUGCCCCCCUGUGGCCCAGCUGUCUGGGAAUCACUGACAACUGCCAGUAUGUGACUGUCAAGGAGAGAUUUCAGAACCAGAACCAGAAACCAGGGAAAUGUCAGUUCAGCCAUGACUUCCUGCUCCAGCUGCGCUUCUGUCCAGCUGCAUGUGUCCGUCCUCUGGACUUGGAGCUGAUACCAGGCGUGACUGACAACACACCAGAUGCUUCAAGGGGAAAUCAGCCUUAUGAUAAAAGGUUCAGGCACACGAUCAGUCAUCAGUUAGACCUGGAGUCGGUGUACAAACACGUUCUUCCAGGCUCCAGCAAUCCAGAAGUCACAACCCUGAACUCUGAAUUGGGAGCUACUGUUGACUACAUCUUCUACACUCCAAGGCGGAUCUUAACCAUUGAUCAAAAAGCUUGUGGUCACUUUGCGAGUGAGGGUCUGAAGCUGAUUGGUUCUCUCUCCCUCCUAUCAGAGGAUGUCUUAUGGUCAAUGAGGGGCAUUCCCAAUCACAUUUUCCCCUCUGACCAUCUCAGUCUUCUGGCCAAGUUCCAGGUGGACCUUACUGCUGCAUGAUGGGAAAAACCAGGUGAACUCAGAGAUGUCAGAGGAUAAGCAUAUUUCCAUUUAAAUGAUUCAGGUGCUUGCUGUGUACAAAUUAGAUUUUUGUUUUUGUUAGUAUGGAUAUCUUUGCUUGUGGUUCACUCCUGGCUUUAAAAGGAUCCUAGUUUUUUGUUCAGCUAUGACUCAGAUGUGACCAGUCUUAGUUAAUGGUGCUAUAAUAGCUCAUUUAAACAAUGAAGGUAGCAAUUGCUUUAAUUCUUACUGGUGUGAUAAUACACUGACCUGUUCAAUUUGUUGUUGACAGCUGCUAUCACUUUUUAAUUUAUUUUAAGAAGUAAAUCUGAUUUUCGGAUGAGAAUUAGAUUGGAUAUAAUGAGUCAGUACCUACCCCCCCCAGAUGGUCAAAAUAAAUAUUUUCAAUUCA